GUGACAAGGUUGCUACAUGCAGUUUACAGUGGCACAGUGUACAUGUGAUAAUCAGCUGACGUGCCAUCACAAGACCAGUGAGUGACUGUACGGAUACAUCGUCUGAUGCUCAGAACGUCCAUGUUUACCGACCCAGCAGUCCGUACCCUGGUGUCAGCGGUUGAGAUUCACGCAUGGCGCUGUGUUAUUUUCAUCCUAAUACGCCCCCUUCCUGUGCGGACAAACGAUUCAAAAGCGUCUUCUUUUACCUUUUUAAUUAUGGAAACGCCCCGUGCAUUGCAAGUAGGCAAGCUGAAGUGGAGGGCCAACCGGUCAUUUAUGUCUUUGAUCGUUUCGAGAAGCUACAACGUAUCAGUAUCGCGAUCGCCCGGAGACUCGACGUCGAAUCCUGUUCAUUUUGGAACGGAGAGCCUGAAGAAUAGACCCACCCAAUACCGGAACGACGCGUCACAGACUAUCAUUGACCUAGCUGAGCCAAGACAAAGACAACAAUCUUAUGACCGGCCAUUCAUGAAGCAAAUGGAGGAUUCUGGGACUCGAGAGCGGUCUCAUGAGAAAUAUGACAAUGUUUAAAUACCCAGAUUGUAUCAGUAUGAGACGUUCUAGCGUGAAAAUGCUACAAAACGGAGCAUAGGUCUUCUGUGCACCUGGGGCUUAAUUCAAUGACUCACAAGGAUACUCCCUAGCAACGCUAAACCCCAACCGGCGGAAGGCCUUACUACAAUCAUUUUUACUGGAG